UAGUACUUCUCCCUCUCCUUCAUCCAUUCCCUCCACUCUCUCUUUCUCUCCACCUUCUUUGUCUGGAUCAUGAGGACCAAAAGCAACGGCAACAGAGUGCCCGGAAUGCUAUGCCGAUCAGAGGCGGCGACGGCGGUGUGUGUUCCAAGAGAAAGAUCAGUGAUAGUACCACAAAGAGCAAAGAGAUCAACACUUGUUCAUCAUGAACAUGCAAGGCUUGGUUAUGACUUGAGGUAUUCAAGGCUCAAAGAUUCCCGUAGUUUCACUUCCGGUGAUCACCGGCGUGCUGUGACCUUGCCUAUGGUCACCAAGAGACAAAACCUUCAAGUUAAACCUUCUUCAACCUCCAAUGACGGCCAACUCUUUCAGGUUGUGGUAAUGAAGGUCUCAAUUCAUUGCCAAGGUUGUGCUGGCAAAGUGAAGAAGCAUAUCUCCAAAAUGGAAGGGGUGACAUCUUUCAGUAUAGAUUUGGAAUCCAAGAGGGUGACUGUGAUGGGGCAUGUGUCUCCUGAUGGAGUUCUUGAAAGCAUAUCAAAGGUGAAGAAGGCUGAGUUCUGGUCUUGCUGAGGAGUACUAGUACUGAAAGAGAUCAUGAUGUUGUAGUGUAAUUCCAUGGACAUGAAUAUUGUUAAUUAAUGUAGUUGUUUAACUGA